AUGCGGACAGUUGAGUUAAGAGAUACAGUAAGCCCUCUAUUGCCAGAACUCCAAGAAGAUGCCCCUGGCUUAUUUCCUGAUGGAGGCGCGGAUCUUGCUAGCGUCCGCGCUUCGCUUCCUAGUUCGGACCAGAUGAUAUGUAAGAUGCCUGCUCCUCUCUCACACCGUGCAUGCAUGGAUGCGCAUGCAGAAUUCACGGCUCUUCUACUGCCGGAUGAUCUUUUUCUUGGUAGUGAGAUCAUCGGCGCUUUGUUUUCAAAAUUACCGGACUGUUUUCUCCUGUAUGGCACUUUUCCUGCCAUGCUGCCCAUUGGUACGUUCGUUCUAAUGGCUGGGCAGAAUGUUAUUCAAAGUUCCAUCAUUGCCGAUAAAACCGUUGACCGCCGUCGUUUCAAAUGGCGAUACGGACGCCUGACGGACGUGUCUUGCCCCAAUACCGAGGAACCACAAUGAACAUUGUGACAGCUUAUUAGAAUACAGGAUUGUUGCCAAAAAGUCUUUUCUACGAGCUGUUUGUGUGUGUUCCCUGAUAUUUGGCUGGUGUGGGCAGUGUUGAUGGAAAUGAGGUAACUUUGUUCUGCGUACUACGGACCCGAUACCGAUGCAAGCUGCCCGAGGCCCCAGCGCUAACUUUUGUUGCUCGGAUCGGCAAGGUGGAAGAAACAAACAAAAAUAGGAUCACAAGGAACUUUGGCACGCGAGCGACCCUUGGCCCGGAUUGUUGAGAUAUUAGGGACCGUUGUACAUAGGGCCACGGCAGUUGUGUAUUCAUGAUACGGCGC